AUGGCGGACUUCAUCGACCACUCCCCCCACCAUCCCACCAAAGCCUCCCGCUUGGAUAGCGCUUCGAAUGUCAUUCUGAUCGACAACUACGAUUCUUUUACUUGGAAUGUUUACCAAUACUUAGUUCUUGAAGGAGCCACCGUGACCGUCAUUCGAAACGACGAAGUGACUGUCGAGGAGCUUGUCGCGAAGAAACCAACCCAACUGGUCAUCAGCCCCGGUCCCGGUCAUCCGGAGACAGACGCUGGAAUCAGCAACGAUGCAAUUCAACAUUUCAAGGGCAAGAUACCAAUCUUUGGCGUAUGCAUGGGCCAGCAAUGCAUUAUUUCUUCACUUGGUGGGAAAGUUGACGUAACUGGUGAGAUCUUGCACGGAAAGACCUCGGUCUUAAAGCACGAUGGGAAGGGUGUCUAUGAGGGAUUGCCCACGACAUUUUCGAUCACUCGGUACCAUUCGCUGGCCGGAACCAACUCCACUGUGCCAAGCUGCUUGGAAGUUUCCUCGUGGGCUGAGCUCGAGAAUGGCAGUGGUACGGUGAUUAUGGGAGUCCGGCACAAAGAAUUUACCGUAGAGGGUGUACAGUUCCAUCCCGAGAGUAUUCUCACCGAGUAUGGCCGUGGCAUGUUCAGAAACUUUUUGAAGCUUACUGCCGGUACUUGGGAGGGUAACAAGCUGGGUGCCACCUCUGCUAAGCCAGCUGCUCUGGUGGAUAAGAAGGUAUCCAUUCUUGAGAAGAUCUACGCCCAUCGCCGCAACGCAGUGGCCGAACAGAAGAAGAUUCCGGCUCUCCGACCAGAAACCCUCCAGGCAUCUUAUGAUCUAAACAUAGCCCCUCCCCAGAUUUCCUUCCCUGCUCGUUUGAGACAAUCCGACUAUCCUCUAGCCCUGAUGGCGGAAAUUAAGCGAGCAUCUCCGUCGAAAGGUAUCAUAUCGGCUGAUGUCUGUGCCCCUGCUCAGGCUCGGGAGUACGCUAAAGCUGGCGCUAGUGUGAUUUCUGUGUUGACAGAGCCUGAGUGGUUCAAGGGUACAAUUGAUGAUCUUCGAGCUGUUCGCCAGAGCUUGGAAGGUCUCACCAAUCGCCCUGCUGUUUUGCGAAAGGAAUUUGUUUUCGAGGAAUAUCAAAUUUUGGAGGCUCGGCUAGCAGGUGCUGAUACCGUGCUGCUUAUUGUGAAGAUGCUUAGUGUGGAGCUCCUGACUCGUCUUUACAAAUAUUCUCGCAGCCUCGGAAUGGAGCCUUUGGUCGAGGUCAACACGCCAGAAGAAAUGAAGAUUGCCGUCGAUCUCGGAUCUGAAGUGAUCGGUGUCAACAACAGGGAUCUCACAAGCUUUGAGGUUGACCUUGGCACCACGAGCCGUCUCAUGGACCAAGUUCCAGAGAGCACUAUCGUGUGUGCGCUCAGUGGCAUUAUGGGCCCCCAGGACGUGGAAGCUUACAGGAAGGAAGGCGUCAAGGCAAUAUUGGUUGGAGAAGCCCUCAUGCGUGCACCAGAUACAUCUGCGUUCGUCGCACAUCUACUGGGAGGCUCUAAAUUUGGCUCUGGAUCAUCAUCAAGCUCCCCACUGGUGAAAAUCUGCGGCACGCGGUCUGCAGAGGCGGCUCAAAUUGCUAUUGAAGCUGGUGCUGACUUGAUUGGAAUCAUCCAAGUUCCCGGCCGGUCACGAACAGUGUCAGAUGAGGUUGCAAUUAGCAUAUCUAAGGUGGUCAAGUCCACACCCCGUCCUAAUACCCAGAUAAACGAGAUUCAAGAAACGCCGAAACCAACAUCUUCUGAAUGGUUUGAGCACUCUACGCAAGUUCUCCGCCACCCAUCUCGAGCAUUGUUGGUUGGUGUUUUCAUGAACCAGCCAUUAUCAUAUGUUCUUUCCCAGCAACAAAAGCUUUCUCUUGACGUUGUGCAACUGCACGGUUCCGAGCCAUUAGAGUGGGCAAGCCUUAUCCCAGUGCCUGUCAUUCGAAAAUUUGCACCCGGAGACAUCGGAAUCGCCCGUCGCGCUUACCAUACUCUUCCUUUACUGGACUCCGGGUCCGGUGGUUCUGGGCAGCUUCUUGAAGAGGAUUGGGUUCAGAAGGUCCUUGAAAGCGAUGAGGGCCUUCGGGUUAUUCUGGCUGGCGGUCUGAAUCCUGAAAAUGUUGUUGAUGUCGUGAAGAAGCUUGGAAACUCCAGCUCCAGGGUCGUUGGACUGGACGUAAGCUCUGGUGUGGAGACGGGUGGCACUCAAGAUCUAGACAAGAUUCGAUCAUUUGUGAAGGCCGCCAAGAGUGUUCGUCAGUAA